AUGUCAUCUGGGUUUGUAUCUGCGGGCGUGGAGGGAGAGGAAUAUGAAGGUAGCAGGCCCCGUGACGAGUGGUUGAAGGUAAAACAGGAGCUGGAGGACAACCGCCAGAGGAGAGCUACCGAAGGGCAGCAAGAAGGUGGAAAGAGCCUCUACGAGGUGCUGCAGCAGAAUAAGGCUGCCAAACAGGAAGCGUUCGAGGAGUCCAUACGGCUGAAGAACCAGUUUCGAACCCUUGAUGAAGAUGAAGUCGAAUUUCUCGAUUCGAUACUCGAGUCCACGCGUGCCAAGGAGGAGGCAUUGCAGAAGGAGACGAGUGAGAAGCUGGAGCUGUUUCACAGGCAACGUGAGGAGGCUGAGAAGGCUCUUCUGGAUGCAGAGAGUGGGAACGCUGCUGAGCUUGCUGGGCCUGCAGAUGAUGGCGACAACUGGGCCAUUUCUGGGCGGAAACGUCGGCGGGCCAAAGAGAAGGAUGGUGGCCUUCUAAGCCUUAAACGACAGAGGUCCUCUAUAACCACUGAAAACAAUAAUAGCAGCAGCAGCAGCAACAAGGAUAGCAAGUAUGAAGCAGGUGAAAGAGCUGAAGCCACUCAGGCUCCGCCUAUCAAGACGCCAGAGCCGAGCAUCCCGACAGAAACGAAGACGUCAAACCUGGGGCUGGGUGCGUAUAGCUCUGACGAAGACGACUGA